AUGCUCGCUUCCCUCGCCCGACUAUUCUCGCACCGCCUCGUCCUCGCCAAAACUCCCCUUCGCCGACUCCCCUACACUCGUACGGCCAUGAGCACCGUCGCACCUGUCCUCCCGACCAUCUCGCUCACGCCGAACGAGGCGAAACUCGUCCAACUGUUGACGGAUUGUGCGGACUGGGUCGACCAGCACCCAGAGGAGGUCGAUGCAUUGCGGUUGAAGGAUGACCAGGGGCGAUGGAUCGGACGAGAACGAGGUACGGAAGCGGUGGAACUGCGUGUGGCGGGCGGAUGGGUCCGAGACAAGCUCCUCGGCCGACAAUCCGACGACAUCGACGUCUCCACCUCUCCCGACCCCAUCACUGGCCUCAAAUUUGCCAUGCUCUUCGAGAAGUAUCUCGAGACGCUUGGUCAGAGGGACCUGAUGGGCCGCCUGACGAAGAUCGAGGCAAAGCCCGAACAGUCGAAGCAUCUUGAGACGGCUACUGCGCGAGUAUGCGACUUGUCUGUCGACUGGGUGCAGCAGCGGGGUCAGGAAGUCUAUACGGAGGGAAGCAGGAUCCCGACUGUGGCCUUCGGCACACCCCUCGAAGACGCCGAGCGCCGCGACCUGACCAUCAACUCGCUCUUCUACAACCUCCGCACCCGGCUCAUCGAAGACCAGACAGGCAAAGGCCUCUCGGACCUCGGGUUCGUCUCCGGCCAGCCGAAGAAGAUCCGAACGCCUCUCGAGCCGGUCAAGACGUUCCGCGAUGACCCGCUAAGGGUCGUCAGGGCUGUCAGGUUUGCGGCGAGGUUUGGGCGGGAGUAUGAGCUGGACGCUGAGAUGGCGGAGGCGAUCAAGCGGGAGGAGAUCAAGGAAGCACUUCGCAACCCACUCAAAAUCAGUCGAGAACGCCACGCAGAUCCACAGCUUACGCCUCGUCGCGCAGGCAAGGACCCGCACUACGCCUUCGAGCUGAUCGAGAGCCUCGAGCUGCACCCGCUCAUCUUCCUCUACGAGCACGACAAAUGUUUUCCUAUGCCGUCUACGCCGUCCAGCCCUACCGCCUCGCCUUCGCUCUCCUCGCCCGACCCUUCCGCCUCUCCCGCUCCCGACCCCGACACAUCCAUCUCAGUCAUCGCCGCCUCGCUUCUCACACAGCUCCUCAAUCCCUCCACUGCUUCUCUCCCCGCCCUACAUCCACUCCUCCAGCUGCACUCCGUCCCCUUGCCCGACACGACCAACGCCCACUCCGCUCCUCCAACCUACCCGCCCGUCUCUCCCUCUCCCUCCAUCCCUCUUCUCACCCUCGUCUACCCCCCGACCCUCAAACGCCUCUACCUCUCCUGCGGCCUCCUCCCUCUCUACGACCUCGGCACGCAGGAAAAGUCCAAACUCGUUUGGGUUGGAGAGAAGGUCGUGAGGGACGGCGUCAAGGGACCUAGUGUGGAUGUUGGGUUUGUCAAGAGGGUUAGGGAGGCGAGUCAGGUCUUGAGGAGGUUGGUGAGGGAGGUUAGUGGGAUGAGUGGGGGGGUGGAUGAGAGGAUGGUCGAUGAGGCGGAGGAGAGGGCGACGAUUGGCAUGCACCUGCGCAACCCGUCGAUCCACGACGGCCAACACCAGCGAUGGAACGUCUCGCUCCUGUGGUCGCUUGUCGUCGACCUCGGUUCCGCUCGUUCCGAUCCAGCGGGGCAAGCGCGCCUGGUCGAGAUGUACAACCGGUUCGUCGAGAAGGUCAUCUCGUACGAGCUCGACCGGCGGGCAUUCGAGCAUCCUCUCCUCGACGGCAAAACCGUCAAUGCCCUCCUACCGUUCACCAAGUCCUCGCCCGCCAUGCCUCGGAUCCUCGACUUGAUCAUGCGGUAUCAACUUGCGCAUCCUUCCGCGACUAAAGAGGAUGCGGAGAGGGUGUUGUGUGAGGAGGAGAGGGUCGAGGAGUUGAGGAGGUUGGUGGAGGAGAGUCGGCCCCUGCCGAAGGGGAAGAAGAGGAAGGAGCCGAAGUAG